AUGGCAACCGUGGUCGGACUGGUCAAGUCAAAACUGCGGAAUAAGUCCCGACGAGGCAAGUCUGUCGACGGCAUAGAUGUACUUGUGGAUGAUGGUACCGGUACCCUUGUCCGCUGCAAGUCGUUAAGACAACAGGCUCUUGCAGACCCGACCGAGGACGACCUCGCGAUAGCGUGUGGCAACGCACCGCCGCGGACUCCCAAUGGUCUAGACCCUGCCUCACUAGCGGAAGGCCUACAGAACGGUCCAACAUCGACCGAAGUUCCCCCCGUCCCAGCUUUGCCCUCUAAGCCACCUGCCGAAUACUUCCCAGCCAGACAUUCGUCCCUCCAAAACCGAGGGCGAUACUCGAUCAAAGCACACCACAGAGGUGGAAGUGAAAGUUUGAAUGACGUCUUGAGUGUGGGAGAAACAUCCGAACACGCUAGGAGACGGAGGCACUACACCAUAUCCUCUCCGAACGAGAAAUCACACAUUAGUAGUAGCGCAGGAUACUUUCCAACGUUCCUGGAGGAGCCCAUGUCGAGAGAAUUGGUCAAUGAUGUGCCAGGCGAGCCCAAGACACUUACAGCAAAGCUGUACGGCAGUAUUGCUAAGAAGAGACGGAGCAUCGAGAGCACUGACGGAAUGACCCGAUCAUCCUCAGGUGGCCACACGACGAACUCCUCUGAAUCGUCCGACAUGUCUCGAAACCAAAUUUCUGGCAAGAGCAUGACCAGUCUUGCCCAUCGACCACGGGCAUCGACCCACGAUGCAUCGCAUUCGUCUCCACGGAUUGAUUCACUUCGGUCUGCACCUUCGCACACCACCGAGAAACACGAGCCUGACAUACCGGAACACGUCCGUCUGCCACCCGACUUCGAUCUAGGGACGACCGAGCGGACAUCCAUCGAAACCACAUAUCAUCCUGCUGUAGAGCAGCAGGUCAUCCAUCACGACCGCACCGAAGUGGUGCAGCCGGUCAUCACAAGAGACAUUCAUGUCCAUCAUCAUUUUCAUUAUGAGCAACCUGUCAAGGUCACCGAGGUCUUAGCCCCGCGGCAUUACCGGCUGGACCCAGUGACUGGAGAGAAGGUCGAGAUUGAGUCGCCGCCGGGGUGGCAGCUUCCACAGCCGUUUGCAACGAGGACACCUGAUCUCAGUGACCUCAAGACGACACAUAGGCACUACGUUGUCGACGAAGACCAUCCAGAUGGGAUGCCUGAAAGUCCGCCGCAAUCUGCGCAGGACGGGGUCACAACUUGGAUAUGA